GCAACGCAUAAAUUGUAGCUGCGAUGCUUCGGAAGUUACACACUCAAAAAAGACGAAGGAAAAUUACCUGCAUCACUCUUGCUCAGUGAAAUCAUCACGAUGCUGACCUCCAUACGGCUGAUCGCCUUAAUCUUACUGACGGACAUUUCAGCUGUGGCAGAAAAGAUUUUCCACAACCGAGACCAUUCCGAUGUCGAAAUACAGCAACAAGCCGAUCCCAUAAUUGACGAAGGCACAGCACAGCAAUUUCUCUCCAAGUACGGCUUCAUAAAGCCAGUCAACUGGGAGGAAAUCCAAUUUGAAAACGAAGAAGCCGUUCUCUCUGAUGACAGCCCAGCGCCAAAGGACAUCGUGUCAGUAAUUCAAGAGGGAGGAUCCUUAUCCCGGAUGGGGAUAAAAGACCAAUCAGAUGAUCCGGCUGAAAGCUUGCAGUUCACCUCAGCCCUCGAAGAGUUCCAGAGAGUUUCGGGCCUACCUGUCACAGGGGCGUUUGACGACGCCACCAAAGCAGCGAUGAAUGAGCCCAGGUGUGGGGUCCCUGACAAAGAGGAGCCAGCCGAUUCCUCUGACGCACAGAACGCCACCGAGACAGAGCUCAGAAACGCCACCGCCGGCAACAUCACGGCAAGCAACGCCGCAAACGAGACCGUCAACGGCACGGAGGAUUGGCGGGCGUCCACGGAGGUCUCCCAUGGGAAGCUCCACCUGAAAACUCUUCUGUCAAAGGGGCGGAGGAAGAGGGAGGCCGAGGGACUGGGGCACAUGGCCUUCUCCAAGAAGGUGCUGAAGUGGAGGCUGAUAGGAGAGGGCUACAGCAGCCAGCUCUCCAUUGACGACCAGCGCUACGUCUUCAGGCUGGCCUUCAGGAUGUGGAGCGAGGUGUCGCCGCUGGAGUUCGAGGAGGACUCGCACUCGCCCUUGGAGGAGAUCGACAUCAGGCUGGGGUUUGGAACAGGCAGACACUUGGGAUGCACUCAGAGGUUCGAUGGGGCCGGCCGCGAGUUUGCCCACGCGUGGUUCCUCGGAGAUAUCCACUUUGACGACGACGAACACUUCACCGCGCCCAACGCGGGGAGCGGGAUCAGCCUCCUCAAAGUGGCUGUUCAUGAGAUUGGCCAUGUUCUGGGCUUGCCCCACAUCCACAGAACGGGCUCCAUCAUGCAGCCCAACUACCUGCCGCAGGAUGCAGGCUUCGAGAUUGACUGGCUGGACAGGAAAGCCAUACAACAUCUGUAUGGGGCCUGCAAUGGCCGCUUCAGCACUGUGUUUGACUGGAUCAGGAAGGAGAGGACCCCGUAUGGAGAGGAGGUGAUCCGGUUCAACACCUACUUCAUGCGGGACGGCUGGUACUGGAUGUACGAGAACCGGAGCAACCGCACCCGCUACGGGGAUCCCGUGGCCGUGCAGGCGGGCUGGCACGGGAUCCCGGCGGACGGCGUGGACGCCUACGUGCACGUGUGGACCUGGAGCACCGACGCCGUCUACUUCUUUAAAGGCACUCAGUAUUGGAGGUACGACAGUGAGAACGACCGGGUGUACACGGAGGACCCCAAGGGACACCGCUACCCCAGACUCAUCUCUGAGGGGUUUCCCGGGGUCCCUGGCCCCAUUGACACAGCCUUCUACAACAGGAGGGACAACCACAUCUACUUUUUCAAGGGCCCAGAUGUGUACAGCUUCGACGUGAGCGCCAACGCGAAGGCGCGCGGGUUCCCGAAGAGGAUCGAUGAGGUGUUCCCCGCGGCGGUGCCCGGCGAUCAUCCGGGGGGCUACCUGGACGCGGCCUACUUCUCUUACACGCACAACGCCGUCUUCCUGCUGAAGGGUACGCGGUUCUGGAGGGUGGUGAGCGGCAAGGACCGCUUACGCCAGCCCUCCCUCCCCCGCAACAGCCUGCUGCCCCACAGGGAGGUGGAGGACCAGUGGUUUGACAUCUGCAACGUGCACGCCACAGCUCUGAAACUCAGCGGCUGAGCCAAUGGCAGGCCUCUUCGCUCACACGCUGUUCAAUCAUGGAAAAGGACCCGUCAGUGACGCGUUGUGCCAGGCCACGCCCCUUUAUCUUCAUGGCUGAUGUUACAUACAAAGCAUUAAUGUUUUCUUUAAAUCUCAGAAACAAAAGUCAUAAGUCUGCUUUUUGCAUACUUAUGUAUACCUAAGCACUGUGAUGUUUAUAAUAUGCGGCAGAAGUGGACAGGCAGAACCAAACUUACAAGUGAGAUCUUGGUCCAAUAUUCCUUGUAAUUAACCUGUUAUUACCUUUUGUCUUCCAGUCUGCCUUUCAUUGGUUCAUUAAAAGGCACUUGCUCUUGUUCAUGUAUUUGUAUGAGCUGCAUCCAAGCAUGGUAAAAUGCUUCACUUCAAGACAGUCAUAUUCUUUGAAUGUGUUCAUAGUUCAGUUACUUUAAGACAAGAGUGGCCAUUGGUCUACCAUGUACUGUCAAUGUUUUUUGUACUGUCAGUGUCAU